AUACAAAUUUAACUUAGCACCGAAGGAAUGAGAGAGUGAGUAGUGAGUAGUGAGUAGCGAGUGAGUUUAUUUUGAAAAUCAAAACGAGAAGAGAGAGAGAGAGAGAGAGAGAGAGAGAGAGAGACAAUGAGUUUGGAUGAUGAAGAGUGGGAGUGGGACUUGAGUGCGGAAGAACUCGAUACUCUUGAAAGAGACGCUCUCUUGAAAUUCGCCGCUAAACCACCACCACCACCACCACCAACACCGCCACCGCCGUCACCGUCACAGCAACAACAACCGCACUCUUCACAUUUCAACAACAAUAACCACUACUUUGAUCGCUCCCCCUCCAACCCCAUUGCUUCUUCUUAUUCCUCUAACAGGGUUGAACAAGCUUUGCCUAUAUCUCCUCGGUCCAAAGUAUUGCCCUCAUCAAUCCCAUCUAAACCAAACUUUGAUGAACCUUUGUCAAAGCCUAAGGCAUCCGUCAAAUUUUUUCUUCAUGCCACCGGAAACAUUGCUGCUAAAUUUUUAUAUGACCAGGUACUAGUAGCUGCGUUCCGCAAAAUUCCCAAAGCUUCUUGGAAUGCAAAAGAAAGGUUGUGGAUAUUCCCGAUAUCUUCUUUAUCUUCAGCAGAAAAAGUUCUUAGUGAGAUACCUGGUUACAAUGUUGAGGUGGAGGACAUGGAUCCUUUGGUGCAUCGUGCUAUUGCUGCUGCCUCUGCUGUUCCAGAUCUUCGAGACCGAUAUGACAGGAUGCCUAGCUUUAUUGAAUCUAAGCUUUUGCCUUUUCAGCGAGAUGGUGUUAGGUUUGUGUUGCAGCAUGGAGGGCGUGUUCUCCUAGCAGAUGAAAUGGGAUUGGGAAAGACUUUGCAGGCUAUUGCUGUAAGUGCAUGCAUCCGUGAUUCAUGGCCUGUUCUUAUUCUUACCCCAUCUUCCUUACGGCUGCAUUGGGCUUCUACAAUUCAGCAAUGGCUGAAUAUUCCUCCAUCAGAUAUGCUUGUUGUUCUGUCUCAAUGUGGUGGUUCAAACAGAGCCGGAUAUACAAUAGUGUCAUCAAGUACCAAGGGCUGCAUUCGUCUUGAUGGCCUAUUCAACAUCAUCUCCUAUGAUGUAGUCCCUAAGCUACAGAAUCUACUUAUGGCAUCUGAGUUUAAGGUUGUGAUUGCAGAUGAGUCACACUUUCUCAAAAAUGCUCAAGCAAAGAGGACAACUGCUUCUGUUCCAGUCAUAAAGAAAGCUAAAUAUGCAAUAUUGCUUAGUGGAACUCCGGCUUUAUCCCGACCAAUUGAGCUAUUCAAGCAGCUGGAAGCAUUAUAUCCUGAUGUAUAUAAGAAUGUUCACGAAUAUGGUAACCGGUAUUGCAAGGGUGGAAUCUUUGGAAUUUAUCAAGGUGCAAGUAACCAUGAAGAAUUGCACAAUUUGAUCAAGGCAACUGUGAUGAUCCGCAGACUUAAAAAGGAUGUUCUUACUGAGCUUCCUGUGAAGCGUAGGCAACAGGUCUUCCUAGAAUUGGCAGAAAAGGACAUGAAACAAAUCAAUGCUUUAUUCUGUGAGUUGGAGGUAGUAAAAGGAAAAAUUAAGGCCUGCCAAUCAAAAGAAGAGGUUGAUUCACUCAAAUUUAAUGAGAAGAAUCUUAUUAACAAGAUAUAUACUAGUUCUGCUGAAGCCAAGAUUCCUGCAGUUCUAGAUUACCUAGGAACUGUCAUCGAGGCAGGAUGUAAGUUCCUUAUAUUUGCACACCACCAGCCAAUGAUUGACUCAAUAUAUCAAUUUCUUCUUAAGAAGAAAGUGGGUUGCAUUCGUAUUGAUGGCAGUACUCCUGCAGCUUCAAGGCAAGCUUUGGUUACAGAUUUUCAGGAGAAAGAUGCUACUAGGGCAGCAGUACUAUCUAUCAAAGCUGGAGGUGUUGGGUUAACUUUAACGGCUGCAUCCACCGUUAUUUUUGCAGAGUUGUCUUGGACUCCAGGUGAUCUGAUUCAAGCUGAAGAUCGUGCUCAUAGGAUUGGUCAGGUGUCUGCCGUCAAUAUCUACUACCUGCUAGCAAAUGACACAGUUGAUGACAUCAUUUGGGAUGUUGUUCAGAGCAAGUUGGAAAAUUUAGGACAGAUGCUUGAUGGCCAUGAGAAAACCUUGGAAGUUUCAUCCAGCCAAACAAGCAGCAGCCCUUUAAAGCAGAAAGUUUCAUCCAGCCAAACAAGCAGCAGCCCUUUAAAGCAGAAAACACUCGAUUCUUAUAUGAAGCGCUGUAGCAACAUGGAUGACUUGGAACAUCAGCCCAAGCUCAAACAUCCUCGGCACUGAGCUGUACUCCCUGUGACAAUGUUAAUAUUUUAUUUUCUUACACAAGCAUAGCUACAAAUGUACAGGCACAUGGAAAUUGCCUUCAUGAAAUGGUCAGAGACUCAGAGGUAUGCAGUAGUAUUAUCAUAUUGUGUCCUCCUCACCCUCCAUUUUACUGUUAGGGUGGUGCAGUUUUAUUAUUCUUAAUGCUUUGGUGGGUUUUGGAAGUCGAAGGUUUUUCCAGCACUCCAAGGGAAGAGGAACCCGAACUUAGAUUUAGGAUCGGUAACUAACCCCAUUGACCUAAGGCAUGUAGAUUUAUGUAGAGGAUCCUGAUCCAAUCUUGGGCUUCUCUUUCUUUAUUUUUUGUAACAUAAGCAUUCAAUAUGAAUACACCGGUAUAGCUGAUGUGAACAUUGUUAUAUAGUGGUAGUACUGGUAGUCUGUUUGCAAAGAAGCGUAUGAUUAUUGCGGUGGAAGUUCCUCUCUC